AUGCACACAAAGCGCCUACCUGACGGGCGUUAUGAGGUUAAGCUGCCCUUCAAAGGUGAAGGCUGUCCAGCGAUGGGUUCCAGUCGACAAAGCGCUUAUAGACGAUUUCUGCACUUAGAAAAGAAGCUUGAGAGCAAUCCGAAGCUUCGUGCAGACUAUAACAAAUGUUUAAAAGAAUAUGAAGAACUCCAUCACAUGGAAGAAAUUGAUGUAAAUGAUGCGGUUUUACAAACCCCAUUUCACUACUUUUUACCCCAUCAUGCGGCUUUUAAAGAAGCUAGCUCCACUAUGAAGCUGAGAGUAGUAUUUGAUGCAGCAGCGAAAGCUUCGGACGGGAAAUCCCUCAACGACCGGCUACUUGUGGGUCCAAAAUUGCAGUCGAGCAUCAUAGAUCUCGUUCUAAAAUGGCGGACUCACCGAGUCACGUUUACGGCCGACAUCGAAAAAAUGUACAGACAAAUUUUGGUUAGUUUCCCAGAGAGCAGAAGACGUCACCUGUAA